UAGCAUGGACUUGUCAAAGAACUAUGACUGUUGGGAUGUUUAGAAAAUUAACAACAAUGGACAAUCAGCGACUUCGGAAACCUAGCAAGUACAAUCAUGUAUCGCACCAUUUUGGUGCCCAUUGCCACCAUCUCCACAUCAAUCUCAGUGCCUUGUAGGCUACAGCAAUUUUCUCCAGUACCUCAUGCUACUUUCCUCAACUACUCUAGCUCAUCAGCUCAGGAUAAGGCACAAGCCAGGAUAUCUCAGUUGGAAUCUAAAAUGCCUUAUGCUUCUCGAAUAUCGCGAUGGAUUCGACCUGCAAGAUCUCUAUCUGCAAUUCUGUCUACCUUUAGUGUGUCUGUUGUUGUUGGCAUGAUCGCAGCUGCAAAGAUAGCCGGUUUCAUUGAAUAUAUUUGCAUCCAUCCAUUGUAUUCGUGUUCGUGUUCUUACUUUUGGCAAGAUUCCAUACGCGAACAUUGCCCUGAAUGACGG